CUUCUCCUCGCCUCCCCACGCCUCCCCAUCGCGUGCUUCUUCUCUUCUCUCCAUUCCCGAGCUUCGAUCUUGUACUUGGUGGUCAACAUCUCAGGCUGAAACGACCUGCACCAUUUCCCUGUCAUCCUUGACUCCCCUCCCUCCCCCAAGCGACACUGGCUGAAGCCGCUGCUCACCAGUCCUAUCUGCCUUCACUUUCUCCGACCGUACGCGAGCCUCAUCGAUCGAGCAGAGAUCUCUGCGUUCAUUCUUUCCCCUCGCGCUCCUGUGACCUAGCAGGACUGCCCGGAUUCACUUCCCUCUCUGCGUUCCACUUUUCGGUUUUUGUUGAGGCAGGAGGGAUCCGAAAAAAAACGUCAUAAGGUCCUCUCGCGCCUUGCUCCGCGACCCGGUCUCUACGACCUCCCCCACCCUCCCUAGGAGGCUUUCUCCUAGUUUCUUCAGCCUCCUCAUGAUUGCCAGUCUUUCCGAUCGUCAUCAUGGGGAGAAUUAAGAAGGCGGCGAGCCAGAAACACGAGGCUACGAUCUCUCCCUACCUGUCAGAAUUUGUAACCCGUGCCACGACUGUCCCAGUUCCAGAGCUUCCUUCACACCUCAACACCUUUUCUCGCAUAUGGCCAUUCCCCAGAGGUGACCUGUACCACUGGAUCAACGUCCUGAACCGCUUCGACGAGAUUCUAGCGUCUGUCAUCGAGAAGUACGCUCUCAACGAUGGCCCCCAGACGAAGCCUUUUGGUAGAGACUUUCUGGUGGAGUCCUGUAUUCAAAGUGAGAGUACAGCAACCCCUCAGGAUGUCGAUACCAAGCUAGCUACUCUUGGGUAUGGUGCGGAAGGAGACCGGGAGCUUCUAGAGGUUAUCAUAGACUUCUCCAGGCUGCUGCUGGAGAAAUGUGGCAACCGCAGUUUGUACAGCAGCAGUGAACGCCUGGGCGAACUUCUGAACACCACCUCACUGUCCCUUCUUCAGUCCACCCUCCGGCUGUCUCUCUGCUUGGCGCAACGGUAUCAUUCUCGCCAGCGGGGUGGAUCUCACCUCCAGCAGAGCUUGCUAGCAGCCCACUACAAUAUCGACUUGGAGAAGCUACAGAAGAUCGCCGCGCCGUUUCCCCGCCCUUUCGUGCUCGGCAGAGCGGCCGCGUCGUCGCCGACCGCAACGACUAAGCCGAAGGAAAAGGGACCUCAGACCAAACACAAUGCCAAUGAUAUGUCUUCGCUUGUGCGAGAGAAGGAUGGUUGGGACGAGUGGGGUAAUGUGCGCCUGCUUUACUACCCUUCUGGCGUGCCUGAACCCGUGAAAAAUGCUCCAGAAGUUGGGGCUAGCGGACCAUCGGCGCAGCCUACCACACCAACCCCUCUACGCAGAAGUCACACUCAACCUACCCCGCGCUUGAGCCGUAUGUCUACUGCUGAAGAUUCACCUACCUCUGUGGCCGGUACUCCCGGGAAACCCGACGAGGGGCUACAGGGUGGAAAGACUCUCGACAUUCCCCACUCCCAGAUCUCAUCGUCAAAGCCCGAGGAUCUCCUUGCCUUGCAUGCAGACAUACCGGAUGACUCGAAGUAUGAGCUUCUUCACAGAAUCCGUACAGCUUAUGGGUUAGCGACGUCUAGCUCAACCCGGGAACAAAUUCUGGCGAUCAAAAUCUUGGCCCUUACCAAUUUGGCUUACGUUUACCCCGAGGCUUUGUUUCAACAAAAAGUCCUCCAGUACGAUAUGGAGCAGCCUAAGCGUCUUCAACUCGCCUACCAGCUGGGUGAAUUGGUUCAUCUAGGCGCUAGCGGUGAUCUUCAGGUUUCACGGACUUUGCAAACCUUGGCAAUCCAUGCCCUUGAUGCUCUUGCAAAACAUAAGGCACGGGCAAUUGAUGUUUGUGCUGCGUUGAGCGUCAAUGUGAACCAUGGUGUGCUUAUGUUCCUAACCCGGAAAACGGUCAAUGAGCUGGGCUCAGAGGACGGUGAUGGUGAUGAUGGUAGCCAGGACGAGUGGCGGGACGCUUUGCUAGCUCUGUUGCGAACACUUCCAGGCUCUAGUACUAGAACUCCGGAGACCCUCGUUUCUGCUGGUUUAAUCCCCAUGUUCGUUGACGUCUUGAACCUCCGAACGGAGAAGGCCCGUCGAGUCUAUUCUCGCAUCAUGGAGUUUCUGGACACCUUUGUUCAUGCGGUCCGUGAUGCGCUUGGAACCCUUACCAAUGCCAAGGGAUUCGAUGCAAUUUCUGAUCUAAUAGAUUUCGAAACCAAGUCCUCAUUCGAGAGUGUGUCCAAGGGGGCUGGAAUACCCGCCCAGCACAAGACGCCAUCUAUUGACUAUCAGAUCCCGUAUUUUCAGCAACAGACAUUGCGCUGGAUGUUCCGGUUCGUGAACCAUAUCAUGCAGCACAAUGGCGGCGGUUUUGACCGGGUUCUUCGGAACCUGAUCGAUUCUCCCCAGCUCCUGACUUCCUUGCGCCUGGUGCUCGAAAAUGCUCGGAUAUUUGGUUCUCAUGUGUGGAGCAAUGCGGUCAACAUCCUUAGCAGUUUCAUUCACAACGAGCCUACCAGUUAUGCAGUGAUUGCUGAGGCUGGUCUGAGCAAGAGCUUUUUGGAAGCCGUGACUUCGUCUGAGCUCAAGACCCCAGAAAAGCCAGUUGUUGAGACGGAAGAUGCUCAACCUGAAGGCGAAUCCUCUAAGCCAGCCGAUACCGGUGCCGCCGAGAAAUCAGCAGAUGAUGGUCAAAAGCCUCAGGAGUAUCCCGUUGUAAGGCCCAAGGAUGUGCGCUUGGCACCUGGAAUCAUGUCCGCUGCAGAGGCCCUCUCAUGCAUCCCUGCCGCCUUUGGUGCUAUUUGCUUGAAUGCUUCCGGACUCGAUCUUUUCAAGUCGUCCGAUGCUCUGGAGAGCUUCUUCGAGAUAUUCGAGAAUCCCGAGCAUGUAAAGUGCCUCAAAGAUGACCCCAAUCUGGUCCGCACCCUCGGUACCACUUUUGACGAAUUAGUCCGGCAUCAUCCAGCCUUGAAAUCUCACGUGAUGACUGCCGUCAUCGUGAUGGUUGCGCGUGUUGGGCUACUGUGCAGAACAAAGGCUUGGUCAUCCGGUAUGGGGGCGAAGUUAUGGACAGAGGAUACGCAGGGAAAGCCGACCAUUUCUGGUUCUACCUCUCACUUGUUGAAGGCAAUCGGCGUUGACCAUGACGAUCAGCUCGACAAUGCUUCCACUUUCGGUGUCCCCCAAUUGACAUCCAGUCUGCUCCCCAACGGUGGAAAGCUGCAAAUGGGCGAUCUAGACCAGAUCCUUCCAUCCUCGAGUGAUGCUAUUGAGCCCAAGGAUGUGGACGCAGCUGGUCUUACUGCUACUGAUUAUCUGUACCCGGUUGUACGCUUCUUGGGGGCUUUCUUUGAAAACCAGUCCAACUGCCAGUACUUUAUUGAAUCAGGUGCUGUUGAGUUCGUGUUGGACUUUGCAACUCUACAAAGCCUUCCUUUUGACUUCCAUAAUACUGAUGCCAACCAGGAAUUGGCUGUUCUUGUGCAUAUGCUGGCAGAAACGAAGCCUCACUUGGUCGUGCCUUCCCUCGUUCACCGAACAGAGCUGGCUAUCGACAAAGUGUCUGCUUUCUGGAAAGAGCCUGAAUACUUAGGCUUCUUUACGCCUUUGAUCAAGCCGACUUCCGGAAAUGCGUCCGAAGAGAAGGGCAAAGAAGGUCUCAUUACCUCCAAGGAGAGAGGGACAUACUUCGCCAAACAUAUGGGAGCUGCUCUUAUCCUAACUGACUUCCUCCGUGAGAUCUAUUCCAUGCCAUUGUACCAGACUCGACCUAGUCAGCAAACUUCCGCUUUUGCACAGGUGAAUCUAGCCGAUCGUUAUCGCUCUCUCGUCAAGAAGCUGGGAGGUUUGCAUGCGGCAUGUGUGUGGGAGGAGAUACUACUUGAAAAGAACAUCCCGGACACUUGGGAUCAGGCAACAAAGGUUCAACAGUCCGGAACUACACCCGAGAGAACUAGCCUUGCUCCUACCAACCUGAACUCGGAAGGAAGUGCAACUGUUGCUGGUGCUGCCAGUGCGGAGACCCCUAGAGAGAGUACAGUUGCUAGCGAUGCUCCGCAGCCGGGUGUGGCUCAGGAGCCUAAGGAGACCAAAGUCCCGGAAGAUGGCGUAGCAUUCAAAAAUGUCCAGGCUCUUCGGUAUCUUCUUAGCUCGCUACCCUCAUCGAUCACGGGAUUUUUCCACAACCUGGGACUUGGUCUCAUCGGCAAACGGAGAAUCGAUCUGUACCAGAAGCAAAACGCAACUAUGGUAGCGGAGGCCAUUGCACAAGCUGUGAUCGAGCAACUGCAGUUCCAACCUCCAAACUCAAGUGAUAGUGCCAAGCUUCGUUUCGCUUACCUUAUUGUCAUACUUUCUUCGUUCUCGCAUCUUCUGUUCGAAGCUACUGCAGAUCGUCCCCACUCGCAUUACCUGACGCUGGUCCUGUUCGCCUUCAAGAGACAAGGUGGACUCAAAGUCAUGAGGGAUAUCUGUGAGCUCUUUGUCCAGGACGUCAAGGCUCUCACACCACCGGAAUCUGUUUCGGACUCCGAAAAGGAUGUCUCGGCGCGACUCACCUCUGCUUACGGUGGUAUCAAGAUCAUCCUCAGCUUCUUCUCUGAGCUUGCUUCGGGCAAGAACAUUGUCGACUCCAGCCAGACACAAGCCAUGACGAGCAGUGACCGGGAGCGCGACCGACCCGACUACUUCCAGCCUGGCCAAUUUUUGGUGGAUCUUCGAAUGGAAAUCCUGCCGAUGGCCCGAGACAUGUGGAAUUCAGAUUUCGCUGCCCAGUCCUCCAGCUCUGUUGUCAAGUGCUUAGUUGAUAUUUUGCGUUCAUCCCUUGACGGUGAAUAUGAAACGGGAGCUGCCCGGAGUUCGGAAUCCGCCCCCAUGUGGUCUGAUGUCCCAAGGAGGACGUUUGGUAUCAACAAGGAUCGCUUGGGCACUUUACUGGAUAGAGGCUUUGAUGCAGAGCUCGCGAAAGAAGCGCUUUACCGCUGCAAUAACGUCUUUAUCGCCGCUGAAGAAUAUUGCAGAGCUCAAAGCUGGCUGCGGGCCCCGGAAAGGGCCGAAGCUCCUGCCAAUGAUAUGGAACAGGUUCGGCCUACGGCCUCUGGGGCUGAGGCUUCGGAUGAAGCUCUCGGGGACGCUCCUCAAUUUGACAGCGGGUUCCUUGAGCGUUCUGCUCUUGCCAUGCUGUUAGCACAAGCUUCGGGCAGAUCAGGCGAGGACGGGUCGCGCCAGGAACAAGGUCAAGGCAGAUCCGAGGACAGUGAAGUUAGACAUGGCACAGAAUUCUUAGCAAGAGCCUUGACUCAUAUCCUCAAUGAUGAGCAUGGCCCAGGGGAUGAGCACGACGAUUCCUCAAGCCUUGCUCCUCGAAACCCCUCGGCUGCCGGUGUUAGCUCAUCCGAGCCAUCUGGUCAGACAGCAAACCAGUCCACAGAACAACGCUCUGAACAACCAGCAAGGCGACGGGAACUAACAACAGUUGAAGACUUGGACAAGGAACGUGAGACGGUCCGCUCCAAUUUGAUUGAGCGUUGUCUGGACAUCCUGAAUGAGCACCAUGACGUUUCUUUCGAGUUGGCCGAUUUGAUCGCAUCUGCGACGAGGAGACACCGUGAUCCCGAAAGCUUUAGAAGGGAGGUCGGUGAAAUUCUCGUCCAGUCUCUGGUCUCCCUGCAGAUGGAGAACUUCCAAGCAGCUGGCAAGAAGGUGGCUGCUUAUGCCCACCUUCUCGCCUUGGUUGUCCAGGACCGAGACAUGUACACCGCGACAUUGGGCGAACUCAAAGAGUGCUUUACGACUUUCCUGGGAUUCAUUCAAGUGUCAAACGAAAAAACGGCAGACGAAUCAUUCCCUUGGAUCGGCCAUGUGUUGCUUGUCCUGGAGAAGUUGCUUUCGGACGAUGCCCAGCCGCCUCAAAUUCGCUGGAGUCUGCCUGAUAAUGCCAAUCCAGAAGAUGAAGGCCCGGCUCAUUUAGAGGAGUCCCUUGUGUCCCAGGACCAGAAAAUGCAGCUUUAUGAGGCGCUAGUCGAAAUCCUACCUCGGAUCGGCAAGGACGAUACAUUGGCCCUCUCGAUUUGCCGGAUUCUCGUUGUUCUCACUCGAAGCCGCAGCAUCGCCGUGCGUUUGGGAGAAAAGCGAAGCUUGCAGCGUCUUUUCGUCAUGGUCAAGCAAUUGUCCAGUUCCACGAAUGAGAAACUCCAGGGCGCUUUCAUGUUGAUCUUGAGACAUAUCAUCGAAGAUGAGGAUACGAUUCGGCAGAUCAUGAGAAGUGAGAUCGUUGCCAACUUCGAAUCGAAAUCAACCCGACAGGUUGACACAACCGGAUAUGUUCGUCAGACUUACCACUUGGUGCUCAGAUCGCCUGAACUAUUCGUGGAAAUUUCCAAUGAGAAGCUGAAGUUGCAACGAUAUGACAGCCGGCAGCGGCCCCAGAUUCUUACCUUGAAGUCUAACAAGAAGAAUACCCCGCCAGACGCUCCGACGACCAAGGAAGAGGCUGGUGAUUCAAGCAAGACCGAGGAGAACCAACCCAGCGGUGCAUCUCCUUCUGAGGACAAGGGGAAGGGCAAGGCCACUGAUCUGAAGCCACCUGUAGUGGAAAAUCCCGAUGGUGUCAUUCAUUACCUACUGUCUGAACUUCUGUCUUACAAAGAUGUCGACGAUAAAGAAUCCCCGGCCGAAAGCACGGAGGCUCCUGCUCUUGAGCAAUCGGAGACACAAACUGAUGUCGAGAUGUCAAUCGAUGAACCCUCUCCAUCUGUCGCUAGCACUGAUGCGCAGGGUGCACGCAACUCCAAGAAAUCAGACAAGCCAACAUUCAAAGCAGAUGACCAUCCGAUCUAUAUCUAUCGGUGCUUCCUCUUACAGUGCUUGACGGAGCUUCUCUCAUCCUACAACCGAACGAAGGUUGAAUUCAUCAACUUCUCUCGCAAGGCGGAUCCCCUCGCGACUACCCCCUCGAAGCCUCGGUCGGGCAUCUUGAACUAUCUUCUAAAUGUCCUGGUGCCAAUUGGGACCAUGGAACAUGACGAAUCUGUCGCGUUCAAGAAGCGAAGUAACACAUCUGCGUGGACCAUGCGUGUGCUUGUUGCUCUGUGCACUAAGACUGGUGAAUUCGGUGGGCCCGGAAGGCGACGCAAUGAGCAGCCUCUGAAUGAGGAUGAUGAGCCCGAGCUUGCCUUUGUGCGCAGAUUUGUCUUGGAGCACGCACUACGAUCAUACAAGGAGGCGAAUAGCUCGAAUGAGUCCCUUGACGCCAAGUAUUCUAGGCUGAUGUCCCUUGCCGAUCUAUUCGACAAGAUGCUGAGUGGUUACGCUUUCGUGUCGGGUGACACGGCUUUCCCUACGUCCACCAGACCGCUGGCGAAGACCAUGUUCGAAAAGCACUUCAUCUCCGCUCUCACGGCUUCCGUCGCUGAGAUUGACCUCAAUUUCCCGGCCUCCAAGCGAGUCAUCAAGUACAUCCUACGCCCGCUCAACAAGCUUACUCAGACCGCCGUCCUCCUGAGCGAGUCCUCGGACAUUUCCACUCUCGGUGAAGCAGAAGAUGAUGACAUUUCCUCAGCUACUUCCGUCUCUGAUAUGGAUGAUGAACGGGAGGAAACCCCUGAUCUUUUCCGCCACUCUACACUAGGCAUGUUGGAACCCAACCACGAGGAAGAGACUAGCUCCGAAGAGUCGGAAGGAGAUGACGAUGAGAUGUACGACGAUGAAUACGACGAGGAGAUGGAUUAUGAAGAAGAAAUGGCAGAAGACGAUGGCGAAGUGGUUAGUGACGAAGAGGAUGAUGACAUGGGUCCCAUCGAAGGCCUUCCUGGUGAUAACGGCAUGGAUAUUGAAGUUGUUCUCGAUGAUGAGGAUGACGAUGAGGACGACGAGGACGAUGAUGACGAAGACGACGAGUCGGAUAUGGAGGAUGACGAAAUCCUUGCCGGUGAAAUUACUGGUGAUCAUGACAAUGACAGCUUAGAGGAGGGCGAUGAUGAUGAAUGGGAAAGCGAAGAUAUGUCUGAGGACGAUGAAGAAGCUGAAAUCAUGAACCAGUUCGAGGAUGAGCUGGCCGAUAGUCUCAGACAAGCCGAGCAGCGCGAGGACGGGCAACGCUUUGACGACCUGUUCCGCGUUCUCAAUGAGGCGGCUGGCGGAGUUGAGGAUCUUCAGGGUGAUAGCCUUGGUGACAUGCAUGAUGAUAUCGUCGACGACGACUUGGCCGAAGAAGAGGAAGAUGAAGAACUGGACGAACUUGAGGAAGAACUCGAGGAUGCCGAUGACGAUCAGGGAUCUUACCAGGGCUUUGAUGAUGAAGAAGAUAUGGCGGAGCCAUGGGGAUGGGAAGGUGACGAGCAUCCACCACGUGGCCAUCACCACCACCGGUUCCGUGGCACCCAGCCAGCUUGGGCUGCUGUUACUGGAAUCAUGCCCAGUCGGCACGGUAUUGUUCCUAUCCACCCUUACCGUCUUCACAGAACUCAAAUCCCGGCUCGCGGAAACGACGAUGGUACAAAUCCCCUUCUCGUUCGAGCAGACCGUGGCCCUGAGGCGGCUGGUCAACCUCGUGUGCCUGGCAAUGAGGCCUUCACUGACUGGGUCCACGGGAUGGAGCCUAUGCCCAACGGGCGUCUGCUCCCUAUGGACAGCCCUGUUAGCUUCAUGAACGCCAUUAUGCAGGCCAUUGGGGGGCAAGGAGGCCCAGGCUUUGGGGUUAUCACUCGCCCGGAUGGUAUCCACGUCCAUGUCAACAGACGUGCUAUUGUGCCAAACCGUAUCCAAGACAUUUUUGGGCUCGGUAGACAGCAAGGACCGCCGUCUCGAACCCGUGACGACCCCUCUCAGGCCGUGAGCUUUGCUCUGGCAACUACCAGAAGCCGUUGGCAAGAGGAAGCUAAGAUCCUGUUCAGCACCACAUUCGUUGAGAAGUCUCAGCGUGUGGUCAACUCUCUGCUGAAGAUACUGGUGCCUCCUGCGAUGGAAGAAGAAAAGUUGCGGGAGAAGCAAAUGGAAGAGGAGCGCAAGCGGAGAGAAGAAGAGCGUGCGGAGCGCGAACGUCAAGAACGUAUUGCCAAAGAAGAAGAGGAGAAGGAGCGGAAACGUAAGGAAGAGGAAGAGAACGCUAGGCGACAGGAAGAAGUCGAGCGACAGGAAGCGGAACGGCAAGCCUCGGGCAUUGAGACUGAGCCCAUGGACGAUGUACAGCGGACCGACACUGCCGAUGAGGCCGCAGCACCGGCACCUGAAACUGAGACAGGCCCGUCGGAGCCAACUCCCCGAGUGCACACUACAAUCAGAGGCCGUCAGCUUGACAUCACUGGGAUGGAAAUAGACCCUGAGUAUCUUGAAGCCUUGCCUGAAGAACUGAGAGAAGAAGUCAUCAUGCAACAGCUUGCAGAGCAACGUUCUCAGGCCGCUGCAGCUGGCGAAGAGCCCAGCGAAAUCAACCCAGAAUUCUUGGAGGCCUUGCCCGCAGAGAUCCGCGAAGAAUUGUUGCAGCAAGAGGCGGCCGACCGUCGUCGCCGGGAACGUGACACUGCACGCCGACAAACUACGACUACCGCAGGCGCUCCUCCCACUAUAGCUGAAGAUAUGGAUGCUGCGAGCUUCCUCGCUACGCUGAAUCCGUCCUUGCGGCAAGCGGUCCUGGCUGACCAGCCCGAUGAGAUUCUUGAAACUCUGGGUCCAGAAUUCGUUACCGAGGCUCGUGCUUUGCCUGGCCGGCGACUGACGCAAUUUGGCGAUAUCCCUCAGGUUGAACAUCGUCACAGACAUGAGCCGGCUGAUGAUCAAGAGCCUAAGAAACAACAGCGGCGUCAAAUCGUUCAGAUGCUCGACAAAGCCGGCGUUGCCACGUUACUGCGUCUGAUGUUCAUGCCGCUCCAAGGCAAUGCCCGCCAUCAAUUAAACGACAUCCUCCAUAAUGUCUGCGAGAACCGUCAGAACAGGAUGGAGGUCAUCAGUCUCCUCUUGUCGGUCUUGCAAGACGGGAGUGCAGAUGUCUCGGCGAUUGAACGCAGCUUCGCUCAGCUGUCACUCCGAGCCAAGCCUUCAUCGGUUCAGAAGACCCCCGUCAAGCGGAAUCUUUCUUUCCAGGGAUCUUCAAACGUCAGCAAUGAGGUGACCCCGAUCAUGGUUGUGCAGCAGUGCCUGGGAACCCUUUCUUUCCUUUCUCAGUACAACCCCCACAUCCCUUAUUUCUUCCUGAGUGAACAUGAUUCUUCGUCAACCCUGAAGCUGAAGGCUUUCCGGAAGGGCAAGGGCAAGGAAAACAGGGCUAACAAGUUCGCUCUGAACUCAUUGCUUACUCUACUCGACCGGAAGCUGAUCAUGGAAAAUCCGAACUGCAUGGAGCAGCUGUCUAGCCUUCUCAGCAGUAUCACGCAGCCUCUUACAUAUUUACUUCGCCGGGAGAAGGAGAAGCAAGAGGAAGAGGAGAAGGAGAAGGAUAAGGAGAAAGAGAAGGAUAAGGGCAAACAGUCUGAACGGACGCAGGAUGAAGAAGCCACUGGGGAGCAGCAGCAGCCCGAGCCAGCGGAACCGGCAAGUGCUGCCACAGAUACUACUAUGACCGAUGCUCCGCUGCCCACAGUAGAGACUACUGCACAAAAUGCGGGAGCCGAAGCCCAGCCAGAAGAUGGCGCCUCAGCAGAAGCCGCCAAGGAAGGGAAAGCAAAGCGAACCGAAGAGGAGAAGCACAAGAGAAGGACCAUUGAACCUCCCGUUGUCCCCGACCAUAAUCUGCAACUGGUGGUUCAUAUCCUUGCAGCUCGUGAAUGCAACGGCAAAACCUUCAGAGACACGCUUUCUACCAUCAACAACCUGUCCGCAGUUCCCGGAGCUAGAGACGUUAUCGGAAACGAGUUGGUCAGCCAGGCUCAAACUCUGAGUACAGUCAUUCUUACCGACCUUGAUGAACUACUUUCGCAUAUUCACCAGGCCCGUACUGGCACCGACAUGCAGGGCUUGGCCUUGGCUAAGUUUUCUCCGGCCAGCUCCGAUCAAGCGAAACUGUUGCGCGUUCUGACAGCCCUCGAUUAUCUGUUCGAUCCCUCUCGGGCGGAUAAGUCGAAGGGAAUUGAGCAGCCUGACAGUGCAGCCAAGGAGGAUGUUCUGCAAACUCUGUACGAAUGCUCUACGUUCGGGCCACUGUGGACCAGGCUCAGCGAAUGUAUGUCCGUUAUCCGGCAGAAGGAGAAUAUGCUGAACGUGGCUACUAUUCUCCUGCCGCUGAUUGAGGCCUUGAUGGUGGUUUGCAAGAACACCACGCUGAAAGAUACGUCGCUUGCCCGCAAUAGCAGGGAAUUAUCUGUGUCCACUACUUCAGUCGACGCCGGCCUGAACAUGGAGAGCCUUUUCUUCAAGUUUACCGAGGAGCACCGCAAGAUUCUCAACGAGCUUGUUCGCCAGAACCCCAGGUUGAUGAGCGGUACUUUCUCGCUGCUCGUCAAGAACCCCAAGGUCCUGGAGUUUGACAACAAGCGCAACUACUUCACCCGCCGGAUUCACUCUCGUGGCGCCGAGCCCCGCCACCCUCAUCCUCCUCUUCAGCUGUCGGUUAGACGAGACCAGGUCUUCCUUGACUCCUUCAAGUCAUUGUACUUCAAGUCAGCAGACGAGCUGAAAUACGGCAAGCUGAACGUACGCUUCCAUGGUGAAGAGGGUGUCGAUGCUGGAGGUGUCACUAGAGAAUGGUUCCAAGUUCUCGCGCGCGGCAUGUUCAACCCCAAUUAUGCACUUUUCAUUCCCGUUGCUUCUGACCGGACUACCUUCCACCCCAACCGCCUCAGUGGUGUCAAUUCGGAGCACCUGAUGUUCUUCAAGUUCAUUGGGCGCAUCAUCGGAAAGGCUCUCUACGAAGGUCGUGUUCUGGACUGCCAUUUCAGCCGCGCGGUCUACAAGUGUAUCCUCGGCCGAUCAGUGUCCAUCAAGGACAUGGAGACCCUCGACCUCGACUACUACAAGUCUCUCCUCUGGAUGCUUGAAAACGACAUCACUGACAUCAUCACCGAGACAUUCGCCGUCGAGACGGACGACUUUGGUGAGAAGCAAGUGAUCGACCUCAUUGAGGAUGGCCGCAACAUUCCUGUCACUGAGGAGAACAAGGAGGAGUACAUUCAACGUGUGGUUGACUACCGUCUUGUGGGCUCUGUCAAAGAGCAGCUGGACAAUUUCCUGAAAGGAUUCCACGAGAUCAUUCCCUCCGACUUGAUCUCCAUCUUCAACGAGCAGGAGCUUGAGUUGCUGAUCUCCGGGUUGCCCGAGAUUGAGGUGGAUGACUGGAAGGUCAACACCGAGUACCACAAUUACUCCGCCUCCUCGCCUCAGAUCCAGUGGUUCUGGCGUGCUGUCCGCUCCUUCGACAAGGAAGAACGGGCCAAGCUUCUACAAUUCGUCACGGGCACGAGUAAGGUACCACUCAACGGCUUCAAGGAACUUGAGGGCAUGAACGGAGUCAGCCGCUUCAACAUCCAUCGUGACUACGGCAACAAGGACCGUCUUCCAAGCUCUCACACCUGUUUCAACCAACUGGACCUGCCCGAAUACGAGAGCUAUGAAACUCUGAGACAGCGUCUGUACACUGCGGUGACGGCUGGAAGUGAAUAUUUCGGGUUUGCAUAAAUUGGCGGCGCUAAUGUCUCUCUUGUUUGCUUGGACGAUGAGUUAUGAUUUGACAUGCUUUCCGCACUCAAGUGUCCUCGCUCUAAUGCCGAAGCAUAUGAUGGCGUUCAACAUCUCUUCAUUUCUAGCUAGUUUGUAUGUACAAUUUGGGGGGAAAGGAUAGGGAUCGCGCCCGGGGGACGACCGGUUGAAGUGCAGGUCAGCCGGCCAGUUCUAUCAGGGAUCUUCAGCGAUCGCGGGCUUUUCGUUUUUUCUUCUUUUUUUGUGUUUAUUUUCCCAUUCCAGAACCAUGUACUUUCCUUCUGCUGUGUCAAAAUUAUUAGAUUCGUUCCUAC